UAAGUGGAAUACAAGAAUCUUCACUUUAACAAUGGAAAACAACCAAGUUUCUAUAUAUAGUCAAAUCUGUGUUGCCCUAUUUAGCUUUUUGCUAAUUUAAACUUUAUAUAGAUUAUUAUUGAAAGAACAAAAACCAUGAGUAGAGGUGGAAGUUAUGGUGGUGGUCAAAGCUCCUUGGGUUACUUGUUUGGAUCGGACGAAGCAGCGAAUCAUAAUCCUCCACUUUCUCCUUCUCCUUCUCCUUCUCCUACUAAAAUCAUCAUCCCACCAUAUGGUACUGAUAUUCAAGUAGAGGAACCAGCUGUAGUGUCUUCUUCACCAAAGCAACACAACAACAACUAUCAUAGAGCUCAAGGCCAAAACUCUGGCAAUUUCAUCACUGAUCGGCCAUCAACAAAGGUGAUUUCUGCACCUGGAGGAAGUUCUUCACUUGGGUACUUGUUUGGAGAUAAGUGAUCGUCCCCUAAUACGUACCUAGAUCUGUGCUCUAAAAUUAUUAUAAUCUUAAUUAUAAAUCCGAUCCUACCUCAGAUUUAUAUAUCAUUUCAAGUAUCUAAUUGUGUGUUAUUAGAUCUAUUUAAUUUGCAAAUAAAGGGGUUAGCUUUUAGCUUGUGUGCUGCUUAAUUGUGUUGUUUCCUAUGGCUUGCAAUUUCUUAUUUUAAUUCUAGGGUUUUACUGUGUGCAUUUUGUAAUAUUCUUCAAGUAUUGCCUAAGAUAUUUGUAAAAAUUGUACGUGCAUUUCUUAAGCCAAAUCUAAUUUUAAUUAUAACAGCAGGGAGAUGAUCAGA